UCGUGACGGAGGCUUCUCGGUCAAGCGCUGUGGUCUCAGAUCAACAAACAAUUCUCCCGCCAUACGCCACCGUUCACAGGCCGAAAAACGACACCUGCAUCGCUGCUUGCAGGUCUUUUCCCGGCGGUCAUUGCCACAGCCAACGACACGACGAAGAUCUUCCGUGACCCUCCACCGUGAGCGCGCUGCUCUCAAGGCCACCCGAGUUCCACGUGGGGGUUCCUCCCGCGACUGCCCCCCACCUCUGCUGGAACCUCUCGUACGGCGAUGGCCGGAGCGGCCGGGUCCCGCGGGGACUGCGAGCAGCUCCUCGAUCGCUUCCGCCGCACCGACAGCGUGCGCUACGAGGACUUCGCGGCCGUGUGGCGCGACAUGAACUUCUCGCUCAUUCACCAUGGCUUUGUGAAGGACCAGGAUCGCAAGGAGUUCACGGAGGAGCUGAUUCUGCUCGCCUCGCAGUACCUGUCCCCCAUCUACAGCUUCCAGGUGCGUGUGGGGGCGCUGUACCUGCUGUACGCCAUCUACCACACGCAGCUGUGCCAACCAAGACGCAAGAUUCGCUUGGCGCUGAAAGAUUGGGACGACCUGAGCAAGCUGUACCAGGAGAUCGUGGAGCAAGAGCACUAUGACGCCGACUACAUCUACCGCUCUCUCUGCGACCAACACGCCUUCCACUACACCGCCUUGCCUGCACCGCUGAUGUUCCGCAUGGGGAAGAUGCGGAAAGCAAACAUAUGGAAGGAGAAGAUGAACGAGCAUGGGGGUCUCCGGCAGAACCACAACCGAGUCUCUGGUGUGGUGAGCACCGAUGCCAUGGAGGAGCUACAGAAUAUCCACGAGCACUACCACCACAUGAAGUGCGCCAUCUCCACCAGCAAGUUGCAGCCGGACAAGAGCCUGAGCCUGGUGCGGGAUGACAUGCAGCGGGCGGUAAAGGACGCGCUUGCCACCUACCAGCUCUGGAGCGACGUGCGCGCGAGCAAGAAACCUAGAGCCGCCUCCACGGGGAAGUCAACUGAAAGGAAUGCGGAGGACAAGGAAAGACAUUCGUAUGAGGAAGACGAUGCAGUGGGUUGUUCCAGAGCCGAAAAAUUAGCAGCCAUCAAAAACAAGUCCUACAACAAUCCGACAAAGGCCCCCCGUUCACGCAGGCAUCGGCAAACUGAAAUCAACUCAUCUGAGGACGACCUCAGGAAACACGACUCGCCACGGAGAAAGCGGCCUAGGAGUGGAUCUCUCACACCGAGGCCAGCUGGAGCGGCGAGCCACUUGGCGGAUGACUGCUACGGCGUCGAGGAGGAUACUCCGACCCCACCGAGCGAUCUGCUGAGCAUGCCGGUCAUCGAGGAGGAGGUCGAGGGGAAGGUGACGGCGGGCACUGAAGUUGCGAUGCAACCAUCAAAAAAGAGGCAAAAGACAAAGUGACUUCAUCAACAUCGCCAAUUCUGUAGUCGUCACCGAUCACCAAUGACAGAGACCUGUGGAGUCCCACACUAACGUGAAGCAACGUCGUUGUCAUCGUCAGCCGCUGUCCUAUCGCUUGACGAAUGCCUCCCCCACUCCAUCGUCCCUCCUCUGCGGGCUUGCGAUGCCACAAUCCAUCUCGCCGCUGCGCACGAGCUGAUUUCAUCGCUCCGUCUCCGCGGUCGUGUGCGUACUAUCUCGGGGCGUGUCCACACCCUUCGACUGCCACUCCACCGUUAGUCUCGUCUGUCAGCCCGUUGUCCCCUCUCACCAUGACGUGUCCUGCCCAAGCCCACCGAAUGUUCUGAGCGGUCGAUACGAUGCCUCUGAUUUGUGUUUACCCCCAGGACGCAUCUGUUUCUCUUUCGUUCUCUCGGUGUCAUUCCAAACAUGCAUCUCACCUCUGUGGUUAUAUUCCAUCUAAUAGUUCAGUUUACAUGGUUCUGAUGCAUAUGUCAUAGCUGGCAUUACCCACUGAUUGAAAAGCAUCUUCAGACACACUGCUAUAUUGAUUUUUGUCAUCAAAGUUAGUUAUUCUAAGGAAGUGUUUUUGGUUGCAAGGCCCGCGGGCCACUGGCCGCCUUUAGUGCGGCCUCCACUGACAAUACACAAAUAGUGAAAAGACCCCUUGCAGGCAGUGUGGCGGCCCUCACUGAUGAUAUUCUAUGGUUCUUUCGGUAAAGUCACGUAGAUAGAAAAAAUAAUAACAAUAAAAAUGAAAAUAAAUUGAAUA